AUGAGGUGGAAGCUGUACACGCACUCAGGUCCCAGCCACGAGCUGACAACCCCACAGAGCCAUGACUCAGGGAGACAGGAUCCUGUCAUUCAAAAAUUUCUGGCCUGGGACAAAAAUCUGAGCGUAUCCGACAAGUAUCUCCUGUCUAUGGUCAUAGCUUACUUCAGCCGUGCUGUCCUCUUCUCCUGGCAGUACCAGCGAAUCCAUUUCUUCAUAGCCCUCUACCUGGCCAAUGAUAAGGAAGAGGAUAACCAGGCCCCCAAACAGGCCAUCUUUUCAUUCCUCUAUGGGAAGAACUGGUCUGAGCGACCCUUGUUCCACAAACUGAGAUUCCAAUUUAUACGAUCCAUGAACUGGAGGACCAGGGUGUCCCAAGAAGAGUGUGAAGAGAAUUAA